CACAGGCCUGCAGACUUUGGCUGCAUCUCCAGAGACACGCCCCAAUUCCUGGCUGCUUCUCCUCCCCAGCUGCACAGGACAGACGGUCACCAUGGGGGAGUACUACAAACUGCUGGAACUUCCCCAGGACGCCUCUAACGAGGACAUCAAAAAGGCGUACAGGAAAGCAGCAAUGAGAUGGCACCCGGAUAAAAACCCAGAGACCGAGCAAUACGCCGAGCGGAAGUUCAAAGAAAUAACAGAGGCAUACGAAGUGCUGUCAGACAAGAGCAAGCGCGACCUCUACGACCGCUACGGCAAGGACGGGCUCACGGGGGCCGGUGAGUGA